AUGAUCUUAAAAUGGUUCAAUGUGCCCUACUCCACAAUCUACAACAGCCUCAUGUUACUCGCCUCAUGGUCACAUGAUCUCUCAGCAACCAAUCCGUAUCAUGCAGGGGCAUGUGGGAGAAGGGGUGUGAAGAAAAGGAAAGCAAAUGAUUUGGAGGGCCUGCCUUCACGAAAGAGCUUGAGACUGCAGCUGCAAGGGGAUAUAAAGGAUGGUUCAUUAUCUUUUGAGGCCUUGGAACAAGCAUCUUUUGCUGCUGCAGAAAGGGAAGCUGAAGCCGAUAUCAUCCCAUCUGGGCCUUUGCAGAUGAUAGAUGCAUACAAAUUGGAGCAGGACAUAUGGGAUGAGACAAAAUUAUUUUUGGGCAGCAUCCAAAAUUUCAGAUCUAAGACACCUUCCAGCAACAUGAAUCUCAUUCCUUUAGACAAAUAUCAAUCAACAUUGGAGGAGUUGAAGGUCACUGAAGAGUCAUAUGCCAAAGUUGUUCCAUCUCGUAUUUAUUCCAUGGAGUUCUACCCAAGUACUACAUCUGUACUCAUUGCUGCUGGGGACAGAGAUGGAUAUGUUGGAAUCUGGGAUAUCCUCUCAUCCAGAGGAGCUUCAGAAGGGGUCCAUCUUUUCAGACCACACCAGAGGCCCAUAAACUGUCUCUCUUUUCGACCAUAUUUCACUCAUCAUCUCCUCACCACCUCAUAUCAAGGAAAUGUCCGUUCAGCAGACCUCCAAAACCUCGUGUUUGAAGAAGUGUAUCAUGAUCCUGAUGACCUAUGGAUUACAUACCACACCUUCCAGUCUCCUCAUACCAUCCUCAUUGGAAGAGGUGAUGGGAGUGUGACAUUGGUUGACCUACGAGGGCACCAAAAACAAAAAGGGUAUAAUGCCAUAUAUCCAUGUCAUUCCUCUAAGAGGGCAAAUGCAGUCAAGUCACUUUGCUUCCAUCCCUUGAAGAAGGAGCUUCUGCUGACUGCUUCUCGUGAUGGAGAUGUGAGUUUAUGGGACAUACGAGGGAAAAUGACGAAGCCAGUUACAACAUUACCCCACUCACGCAUUGUCCACUCAGCUCUCUUCUCACCUCUUACAGGCAAGAGAAUUGCCACCACUUGCACAGACAAUCAUCUUCGAUUAUAUGGGAGUGAGGAUCCUGGCAAGAUCAAGCUUUUAAGGAGCUGGUAUCAUGAUAAUAACACAGGUAGAUUCAUUGUUCCUUUCAAGCUCAAGUGGCAUCCACAGAGAGAUGAUGUUUUGUUCUCACCUUCCAAACUCUUCCCCCGACGGAUUGAGGCAUGGAAUUCAGAGGGGAUGCUCCUCUCUAAUUUGAUAUCAGAGGAUCACCUGCAGUCCAUUUGCUCCAUUGUGUGUCAUCACAAGCACCUGACCAUUGUGGCCGGUGGCAAUGGCUCUGGUCGUAUUUACCUCUUCCAUAAAGGUCUCAAGCCUAUUUCAUAAGUCAAUGGUAAUGAAAAUGCUAAUAAGUAAUUCAGGAGAAAAUGUGAAAAUAAAACAAAGCUUUGGUUCAGG